CACCAUAAACAACCAUUUUUACCGACGAAAAGAUACACAUGCAGGGUGCACGGGUGCGAGGUCCCGUGGCUUUGACUCAGAUCGAUCUAUAUUUUCGCUCUUUCUUUGACUGGACAGCUUGUGUUCUACUGUGCCGCUUGUCAUGCCUGUGGUAAACAGUACAUGGGAUUUUUUUAUUUUUCGCUUAGUUUCGCCAGCAUUCACUGUGUGUUAUUUCGAGGAAAGAAGGGUGUGGCCAAGUGGACGCCGCUCAUGACAAAUAUAAAAUUUCCGCACAAUAAGAGGACGAUGAACACUAAAACGGGACGAACAAAAAAAUCCUUUCCUGAAUAAUCCGCAAUGUUUGAGUCAGAGGCGUUUGCUGGCGAAACUGAGUUUCAUAAACGUCAGAAAGCAGGGUGGAAUAUUGAGCGAGGCGAGGGCAGUCGUCAAAGGGACGUUUCUCGCGGCGGCUGUCUCCAGUGCGUUGCGUUCUGACUGCAGUUGCCCACGUACGUACAUAGAUAACGCAGGCACUCGCGCACAGGCACGGACGCAGACGCGCAGACAAAGACGAGCCUGCGUGGCGGACGGGUGGCGGUGAAGAGCGGCACGGCGCUGGCAGACGGUCCCUCAGACGGCGCUGAGCGCGAGGGAGACGCCAUCCCCGGCCGCUUAAUGCAGCCGCCUGCAGUUCAGCUGAAUCCCAAUAAGUGCUGCGCCACAGCAUGUUGCCGUGACAACGGAGGCCUGUCAGAAGCGGGGUGGGCAAGGCUGGCGGUUGUUUUCGCAGCGAUCAGACCGCUGUGCCUCCCUCUCGCCGGCUGGAUGUGGGCAAUGGUGUCUCCGAGCACACGAGAGCCAAUGGACAGCACGCACCCCCAGGCGGUCCUCGCUGGCCUAAAUGAGCAGCGCACGCAGGGCUUGUUCUGCGACGUCACCAUCGUGGUGGAAGACGUCAAGUUCCGAGCCCACAGAAAUGUGCUGGCUGCCUCCUGCGGAUACUUCCGCGAUGCCUUUUCCACACCAGAUGGUCCAGCGUCCACAUCUGGUCAGGUUCUGGAGCUGCUGGAUCUUCGGUCCGAGGUCUUUGCCAGCAUCCUCAACUUCAUCUACAGCUCCAAGAUGGCAUCUGCCAGCGCAGAGGACACUAGGUCCUUGGUGGCAGCUGGUAAGAAGCUGGGCAUCCCCUUCCUGGAGAAGCUAGUAGCACCGGAUAGGCUGCAGAACCAGACCGUUUCCCAGACUCGAGCGUCCCCCGGGCCUCGCCUUCUGAAGAAGGAGACCAGCCGUUUGGAGGAGCCAGAAGGCACCAGCGGCCCGCGGAUCACCAACGCCUUCUCCAUCACGGAGGCGGGUGCCGACAACGACCCGUUCACCCCGCUGGACCUGCGACGCGACGGGCAGAGGGCAGCGGACCAGGGGCACCUCCCAGCCAUGAGCGUGGCCACCACAGAGAGCGAGCCCGCGCACACGCUAUCGGAACACUCCUACGCCGUGAGCCAAAUGCGCAAGGCCACCGAGCACAAUGAGAGCAGCGCAGGAGAUGGCAAGACGGACAGCGCACACACACACGUGGCUCCCACACCGCAGGCUACAGAGAGCCGCGGCCCACUCAAAAAGCGCCAUAAGCUCAGAGGCACCCUCCUCAAAAGCACACCUGCCGCACCUGCUGAACCUGGCGCACCUGCCGAGGCUUCCGGCAGCUGUUAUACCCCCCUGAGCACUUCAGUCACCCAUGUGACAUCAUCAUCAGUCCCAUCAUCCUUGAGCUCAGACACCCAGAAAAAUACUAUAACAGCACCACCAAGUGAAGAUUCAUCCACAAAAGAGUCGAGUCCUCCUCCUCUUACCCCAUCAGUAAAGCCCAAUGCUCCUGCCCACCGCUGUGAGUACUGCCCUGAGACCUUCAGCAACAAAGCAGUCCUCAACAUUCACAUGCAGAUCCACAAAAGGAGGUUUGUGAGCCAUUUGUUCUGCAAGUUCUGUCGCAGGAAAUUCAUGCAUUUGAAACGACUGCGCAACCACGAGCAGGUGUGCACCAAAGUCCAGAGACCUUCACCAGAGCAGGAAAAUGACAACACAGAGAUAAACUUCCCUACAGAAAGCAUCUCCCCCAUAGAGGACAGUCCGCUCCCUGCACACCAACCUAACGCGCUUGCCUCAAACGCCCCCCUGAACCUCCCCGAAGUGCAGCAGGAGGUGGAGAGGGGCCUGAGGACCGCUGUGGGCCAGAGGAGGGUGUACCCGUGCGGCGUGUGUAAACGAGCAUACGUGACUAUCUCCAGCCUGAGACGGCAUGAAAAUGUGCACUCGUGGCAGAGGGCGUACCCCUGUCAUUACUGCAAUAAGGUCUUUGCUCUGGCGGAGUACCGCACCAAGCAUGAGAUCUGGCACACGGGGGAGCGCCGCUACCAGUGCAUCUUCUGCCUCGAGACCUUCAUGACCUACUACAUCCUGAAGAACCACCAGAAGUCCUUCCACGGGAUCGACCCCCGACUGGCAGUGAACAAGAAGUCCGCUUCAACGGUGAACGGUGGCUUCAAGGGCAGCGUUUACCCCAUCAAGCUCUAUAGACUUCUCCCCAUGAAAUUUCGAAAGAGGCGGUACAAGACGUACAGCCAAACCUUCCCGGAGGAGGCAGAACGCAAUGAGCAGAUGUUCCCUGCUCCUCUGAGCUGCAGCUCCCCCUCAGCUACCUUUGAGGAGAACCUAGCAGCGGUAAACACUGACACGGUUUGCGGUGUGGGACAGCCUAUAUUCUCCAUGCCCGUGACCUUUAUGGCUACCCCAAAGGUAAUCGCCUCAGUGACACCUCGCAUCAAUUUUGAUCAGUCGUGUGUUCAGGGAGAAACUCAGCCUAUGCCCUCUGAAGCUGAGGAGUACGUCAGGACAUCCAUGGACACCCAGAUACAGACCCCCCUGGCAGCUGCUGGCCAAAAGGGUCCAUCGGUGAUCAGCUACGGGCGCAGACUUCCCUCAGUCCCAAUGCAGACCAACAGGGCUUCCUCCGUCAUUGUCCAUGGCAACAACAAUGCAUCAACAGCUUUUAAGGACUCUGACGACCAGUCUUUGCCAUACAGAGAUAUGAACCCUGACAGCCCUAUGGAAGCAGAAAACAGGUUGGGGGAACUCUCGGCUGCUGCCCAGACUAUUGAAGCGUUAGCUAGCCAGCUGUUUUUGCCUGGAAGUAACAGCAGCACACUUGAGAAGUCUGAUGGAAAGAAAACGGAGACGUACAUUGCCAAGCCUGCGUGUCCGGGCACGUCCAUUGACAGCCCAGUGCUGCCCCUCUGCCAGAUCACGGUGAAAAUCGGCGACGAGGCAAUCAUCCGCCGGAGGAUCAAGGGUUCUAAACUCUUUCCAAGGAAGAAGAGGAGGAGUCGCUGGAGCCAGGUGGAGGACGAAAGCCAGAGUAACUCAACGGAAACAUCCGACAAGAGCCCGAGUCUGCGCCUGAGGACAGAAAUCACUUCCAUCAUAGAGACAGAGCCGUAUGAUGAUUUGACUGACCGUGACACAGCUGACCAGCUCUGGCGUCCAUAUUACAGGUACAAACCCAAAAAAAGGACAAAAAAACUGAGAUCAAAAGACAGGAAAAGCAAUCGAGGCAGACAGCUUGGGCGGCCCUUAAAGGAGGUCACACGGGCAACUGGGCCUAAGGAUGUGACAGAGUAUCUGGAGGCACCAUUAGAACCAGUGGAGACAAGGAAACACCUCAGAAAAAGCACUCAGAAGAAGACGUACACCUGCGACAUCUGCAAGAACCCCUUCUUCAGCCUGUCCACCCUACGGUCACAUGUGAUUGGCUGCCACCCCUACUUCUGCCGGACUUGUGGGAAACAGUGCCCCCCCGGGGAGGCAGCCAGCCCCCACUGCCCCUUCCCAGAAGACGGUGGGGACUUUGUAUGCAAGAGCUGCAUGGAGGACGGCUCCUGCUUUGACAACUCCGCCAGAAGCCCAAACAUGGAGAAGCGCUACCGCUGCUCCUUCUGCCCACAGCGGUUCCUAUACCUCGCCACCAAGAAGAGUCAUGAGAGGAAGCAUGUAGAGAAGCAUGGGAAGGGGUACAACUGCUAUUACUGCCCUAUGAUCUGCAAAACCCCCAUUUCCCUGGGUGCACACCAGAAAAGGCACUUCAUAAAGACAGAGCAGGAAGUGGAAGAGCAGGAGGAGGUAGAAAGCAAAGCAUCAGCUAGGUUAAAAUUGGAAAGGUGGGAGAACCUAGAAAUCGAUGCCUCUGUAGCCCCUAAACUGGAGGACCAGAUGGAGAUAAAUAGCAACGGACACUAUCAGGAAUUUAAGCACCUCCGUACAAAAAUGCUCAAGUCACCUCUUCUAGACACGUCUUUUCCCAAGUUGCCACCAGAGCUGCCUCAGGACCAACGCCAGCACAGCUAAGAGGCCGUUCCAAAAUGGAUUCUACACCAGAGAUCAAAGAAGCACGGGCAAGAUGCUGUGGGUGGACAGGCCUGCGACAAUAACAGGCCUUUCAGCUACUUUAGGAACGAACAGCCACUGCAGUUCAGGGCAGAUGUCUCCUUCUUGUGUGACAAACGUAUCUCCGCCCAGCAGCAAGAGAUGCUACUUUCCAAAGUCAGAGAUCCAGCACUCACGCAAAGCGAAGGCAUCAUUUCACUCCCUCCACUGAGAAGAGUGGAAGGAACUUCAGCAGAGUAGAAAUGGUGGCACUGCAAACAUGACGUGACAUGAAUGUUCAAUAAGACAAUAGUCCUAUUUUCUUUACAGGAUCACCACAGAAGGCACCAAACUGGAUAGCUAUGUAAUAGAAAAUAUUUUUAUUCACUCUGAAAAUGCAACUGGAACUUUUUCUUUUUUUAAAGAGAUGUUGUUUUUAUUUUUAUAGGCUUCAUUGGUCAGUUUGGGACCAGCUAAUGUAUCGCUCCCAGUUUUCUUCCCGUUUUGUAAUCUAUGCAGUACUAUAUGUUAAAUGUAUAUUGAUAGUUGCACUUUGUGUGAAUAAUAGCUGCUAAGUGACCAUAUUUUCACAAGAAUAACAUGAUUUACUUCAUUGUACAGAAACUUUACUUAUUUUUGUUAUUUUUUUGUUGAUAAAACAGCUCACUUAAGUAAAAACAUUUCUAAACAAUAUUGUAUUUGAAGGUUUGUAGGUUCUGAUUUUAUCAGUUACCAUUAUACCAUUAAAUUGAUGGGAAUUGCAUAUAAUUACAGUCUACUGUAUAACCAAUACGUACAAUUCCAGAGCACAUUGUCAACUAUGAAGAAUGAAUUGUCUGACAGUAUGAAAAUAAACCUUUGGGAUACUUUA